UUCUCUUGAACUGAUAUACUAGAGAUCAAGCUAAUGUCGAAUAUAAUUGUCUGCGCUCGAUUUAGACCUCUUAGCUCUAAGGAGAUAAAGGAUCAUGGAGAUGGAAUCUGCAUCCAAAGCAUCAGCUCAGAGUCGUUUAACCUCAAGGACGAAAGAGAAGGAGAAUUUACCUUCAGCUUCGAUAAGGUGUUUUAUGAUGAAUCUGAACAGGUGGAUGUCUACUCAUUUAUAGCUAUGCCUAUCAUACGAGAUGCUGUAAAUGCAAUAAAUGGAACAAUUAUCACUUAUGGACAGACUGGAGCUGGAAAGACCUAUAGUAUGGAGGGGCCAAACAUACUAGCAUGUGAUGAGAAUAAGAAAGGGUUGCUACCAAGAGUAGUUGAGGGACUUUUUGAGGGUAUUGGAGUUUCAAAAGAAUCGAUAAAGUACACCAUAAAAUUGUCAAUGGUAGAGAUUUAUAUGGAGAAAAUAAGGGACCUAUUUGAUCUGUCAAAAGAUAACAUACAGAUCAAAGAAAGCAAAACACAGGGCAUGCUUUUGUCUGGAGUGACUGAGAUCUCUGUUGUAGACCCUACUGAUGCAUUAAGGAUUCUGUCGAGUGGCAUUGCCAAUAGAGCUGUUGGAGAGACCCAAAUGAACAUAGCAAGCAGUAGGAGUCAUUGCGCUUAUAUAUUCACGGUUCAUCAGGAAUCAACAAAUAAAAAAUGUAAAACUGGGAAGCUAGUUCUUAUGGAUUUAGCUGGUUCAGAGAAAGUAGAGAAAACAGGAGCCGAAGGGAAAACUCUUGAAGAAGCUAAGACAAUUAAUAAGUCUCUUUCAGCUCUUGGCAAUGUCAUAAAUGCUUUGACCUGUGGCUCACCAGGCAGCAAACAGAAUCACAUCCCGUUUCGUGAUUCUAAACUUACUCGAAUUCUACAAGAUUCACUUGGAGGGACUUCACAAGCUGCUUUAUUAUGUUGCUGCUCACCUAGUUCAUCAAAUGCAUCUGAAACUCUUUCCUCUCUACGUUUUGCAGCCAGAGCAAGGCAUGUGAAGACAUCGCAAUGCAUCAACAUCAAAGAUGAGAAGUGUCACAGAAAUCAGGAGGAUUCAUCUAUUAUAUUAACUGAGAAGUCUAGCUCAAGAAAUCAGGACCGUCCAUCUUUAGUGAUUGAUGACGGGUCUUGUGAAAGAAUUCUAAACAAGCUGAGCAAGAGACUACAUGUUGAAGAUGUAAAAUUACUAGAGGAGCUGUUUAUAGUGGAGGGUGUUUUCUUUGAUCUCACAUCAUCAGCAGAAGAGUUGGAAUCAGCUUAUAAUGAUAUUACAUCUCAAACUAUUUCAGCAUUGCAGCAAGAAGUUGAAGAUCUAGUUUCAACCAAUAAGGAGCUCAUAGAAGAGAAUAAAUCUCUGAAAGCCAGACUUGGAGAAGUCGCAUAUAGAUCCAAUCCCGAGUUAUAUUUUUUUCAGAAGAUAUCACCCAUUGGAAUGCUCUGGCCUUGGACUUGGAUACACUCACUCAUAUUUUCAAAGUCCAUGAGGUAUGUACAUUAUUUCUUCUGUCAUACCUUUCAGUUUCUCUUAUCAAAGCUUAUUAGGACAUUGAACCUGAAAUAUAUUCAUAAAUUUAGGAAUUGAGAAUCCCAAUAUUUCAGUUACAACAAUCAUUACUGGUUGUUAUUUGUAGAACAUAUUUGCAAGAUGAAAGUGAUGUAAAAAUAACUAGUUUGGUAAGGAUUGAGUCCAUAGAACAUAGAGUUGAGUACUUUAGUGAACAGGUUACAUCCUAGCCUAAACUCUUACACUUUCUUAGCCUAGUGUUGAAAGGUCUCAUCAAUGUUAUCAUUAGGCCUUGUUUGAUGUGGAUUAUUUGUGAUUAUUUCCAAAUUACUCACUAUCCAAUCAUCCAUCCAUGUUCAAAUUAUCAA